AUGGCCAGGCCAACUGUUUCCCCCACGAGUGUGAAGGCGACGGUGCCUGAGGCCUUUGUUGUGCUGCGGCAGAGGAUGAGGGUGGCAGAGGAAGAGGCCAGUGCCCUGGCGAGGGAGCUGGAGGCGCUCGGUGUCCCCGGGCAGAGCCUUUUCCACUCCAAGGCCCUAGAGACACCUGCUAGCUACGCAACCGUCAGUCCUGUGCAGGCCAGGGUAGCGUUUGUGGGGGAAAACACACUGUGGAAAAACUGUGAAUCCAUGGUCAGUCGGAUGUGCCAGUUAGAGAGCGUCGUACAGACACUGAAAUUAAACAUCUUCCGCCUGCAGAUGGAAAAGGAACUGAAUCCCAAGCAUGCAGCCCAGCUGGAGCAAAGGCUGAAUGCGGUGCAGGAGGAACAUUUGCAGGAAAUGAAGGUUGUACAGCAAGAGGCAAUGAAGUUGCGCCAGCAACUGAGUGACAUGAAAGAGGCCGAAGAAAAGGGCAAAGAUGUUCAAAGGCUAAGUGCUGCCCUGGAGAUUAAAGCUGCAGCAAAGAUGGGUGUAGCAAUUGCAGCCGAGGAGCUGAGGAACACAAACCAGAACAGGAACUGCAGACUCCAGGAUCUAAUGGAACAGCUGUCCCGGGAGAUCAGCCUCCGGGAAUCUUUGGAGGAAUCCCAAGCAACCAUGAUGUGUCAUGUACAGGACAUGGAAACAACUGUAGAAGCAGAACGGAAGCAGGUGCAGCUAUUGCAGCAGGACUGCCAGGAGUUGUAUAAAGAUGUGCAGCUGGCCCGAGAGAUGCUGCAAGAAGAGGAGGGAAAAACUGAGCAGCUGAAGCAGCAGUGCACACAGCUGAAGGCUGAACUGGACUCCAAGAAUUGUAUAAUUUUCCAGCUUGGUGAAGAAGCAAAAAAUGCACAGCUGUCCUUGAACAGACAACAAGAAGAGAAUCUGCAGCUUCAGGUGAAAAUAACUGCCCUGCAAGAAACUACAGAGAAAGUGCAGGUCCUUAAUGACCACUUAAGCCAGCAAUGCUCAGACCUCAGUACCACGCUGCAAACUGUUGCCAUGGAGAAUGUUCAUCUCAUUUCACAUCAUCAGGCCACCCUUAAGGAAAAGAUGACUCAGCAGCUGCAGGAGCAAGACUCCCUUCUGGACGCUGCCUGUGCUGACAUUCUGGGAGAGCUGCGGAGCGUUCAGCGCGAGAGGGCUCAGCUUCAGAAAGAGCUGGAAGCCUUGCAUACAAAGCAUGGAAAAUGCAAGCAGAAAGCAAACCUUAAGGAGGAAGCAGCAGCCACCCAGAGAAAGCUGCUGGAAUGUACUGUGGCUAAACUGCAAGAUGAACUGGAGACAGCUUUGCAAGAAAGGGGAUCUCUGCUAGCUGAAAAGGAAGAUCUUAAACAGGAGAUAAAAACAGCAGCAAAUGAGAUAACACAGGAAAGGAACAAACUGGAAGUAGAAAAAACGGAGAACGAGCUAGAAAUGGCUUCAAUGAAAUCCUCUCUGCAGACACUAGCGGAAGAAAACAAAAGGCUGCUGAAUCGCUUGGCUGCAUUGGAAGACCAGCAACAUGCCCAGCAGAAGGUGCAGCAGGUGCUAGCAGAGCUGACUAACAGCAAGAAUAAACUGGCCUAUGACAAAGGAAAACUCGAGGUGGCUAACUUGCAGCGCCAGCUGGAGGCAGCAAACAAUGAUAACAGCAAGGUGACAGCCAUGCUGGAGCAUGUGGUAGCUUCUCACAGCAAGACGCAGGCAGCGCUGGAGGCAGUACAAACCGAACUGGAACACAAGGAUGCUGAAAUCUGCAGUCUCAGAAAAGAGAGGAGUCAGAGUCAACAGAAAAUGCAGAUAUUGGAAGCAGAGCUGGAACGUUGCCAAGCCAGAGUGGCUGCCAUGGGAAGCGAGCACAGCAGCCAGGUGGAACCACUUCGUAAAGCACUGGAAGUUACUAGAGCAGACAACAAGAAACUUGCCCUUCGUCUGGAACAAGCUGUGCAGGCCAAUAAUACCCUGCAGAACAAGCUGAUCCAGGCUCAGUAUGACCUGAAAAGCAAAGAAGCUGAGCAGCAACAGCUGCUAGUCUGCAGGAAACAGCUAGUGGAAGAAGCUCAGACUAAGGAAAAGACAUUUGCUGAACGCUUGGAGUCUUUGAAGAAGCAGUUUCACAUGGAGCAAGAGGCUUCUAGAAAAGCUGCCCAUCGAGAAUCUGCUGAGCUCAAGAAGGCCCUUGAUGAAGCAUCCUCCAAACUAGGUGAAGUUUCCCGUGCAAACCGGGAGCUACGGCAGAAAGUAUCGGAGCUGGAAAAGUCUGUGGCUAGCUACAAGGAAAAGCUUAAAGGCCAGAGAAUUCAAGUCCGACAUUGCCUGGCCUCCAAAGCUGGCAGUGCUCAGAAUGCAGAGAGGAUUAAGGAAAUUGAAUCUGAAUUGAGGGAAAUGGAAGCAAUAAAAGAGCAGUAUCAGAAGAAGAACUAUGAACAGUCACAGAACAUCCAAAAAUUUGUGACAGAGUUGGCAAGUUUGCAGGAGGAGAUGCAAGAGUUAUUGAAAAACCAACAUGAAAUGCAAACACGGAACAGGCAGCUAGAGACCCAUCUGGAAGCAGAGAGAAGUCGAGGGCAGCAACUGGAAAACCAGUGUCAGAGAUUGGAAGAAACAGUCAAACAUCUCAAGAAAAGUAAAGAAGAAACGGAACAGAAACUAAAGGAAGCCAGCAUUGAAUCAGAACUGAUCACAGCUAACCUGGAGGAAGCUCGCCGCUGGUUCAAGGCCCGGUUUGACAGCCUGCAGCCGCAGCUCAGGCGGAACCGCCACGCCAAGACCCCUGACGAGAGCAGCUUGCAGAGGGAGGUAAAGCACGCGAGCACGUUCACCUCAAAGCAGGACCAAAGCAAGAGAAAAGGCGAGGCGAGCUCCCCUUCCUGGGCGGCAGAGCGAGGAGGCAGCUGA